ACUCCCCCCUUUUCAUGCUGAAUGGAACAUCCUGAGGUGGUCCAGUCUCCCGCUAGUCUAUGGUAGGCGUUUCGUGCAACUGAACUGACAACAGUACAAGGUUUACCGUACACUCACUGUCGUUUCAAGUUGUAAAGUACAGUAAUAAUACACGCCAGUGACAUAAAUGAAGUACCAGUGUUUUUACCUAUUAUUGCAGGGAUCACUUAAAGUUUGUUUCAUUCACUUUUCUCCAACUUAUCUUGAGGAAAGACAAACGUGGCUUGGAAUAUAGCAGGACUCCAUCUUUUGGGAAUGCUUCCUCGUUUCUGUAAAGACAGGAGAGCAGAGUGAAAAGAUAUUCAUUCCCCACAAAAGUCAUGUUGUACUGGACUGUACUGCCUGAUUGGAAAGUAUUGUUAUUGGUGACUCUUCUAUGGGACUGCUGCUUCUGUGCUGAGGAACUGAAGCCCACAAGAUGGCCACUGUAUCCCCAAAAGCCUCUGGUCCUGGCCUGGAAUGCCCCGACGGAGGACUGUGGCCCGCGGCACGGUAUCCAUUUUCAGCUGGAGCAGUUCCAGAUUGUGGCGUCGCCCAACGAGGGCUUUGUCCGCCAGAACCUCACCAUAUUUUACAAGGACCGCUUAGGGUUGUACCCCUACUAUGAUGAACCUGAUGGUACAGCCAUGAAUGGUGGGCUCCCGCAGAUUGCCAGUCUCACUCAGCAUCUGGAGAAGAUGCCGGAGGGCAUUCAGUAUUACAUACGUGAACCAGGGGCCAAGGGACUGGCAGUUAUUGACUGGGAGGAAUGGAGACCACUGUGGAUCCGCAACUGGGACUUCAAGGAUGUGUACCGCAGACAGUCACGCCAGCUGGUGGCUGAGAAGAACCUAGCUUGGCCCGCAGAGCGUGUGGCUAAGGUGGCCCAGCAGGAGUUUGAGAUGUCGGCCCGGAAGUUUAUGUUGGAGACCCUGAGGCUGGCCAAGAGCCUGCGGCCCAACCAGCUGUGGGGAUUCUACCUGUUCCCAGACUGCUAUAACCACGACUACAGGAUCACUCUGGAGAACUACACAGGCCGCUGCCCUGACGUGGAGGUGGCCCGGAAUGAAAUGCUCAAAUGGCUGUGGACUGAGAGUACAGCCCUCUUCCCUUCCGUAUACAUGAGCACAGUGCUACGCUCUUCGCCCUCUGGGCGCCAGUUUGUCCGGAACCGGGUGAAGGAGGGGAUGCGUCUGGCAUCAGGGGGAGACGGGCUGGCACGUCCUGUCUUUGUGUAUGCCCGGCCCACCUACGCCAACGUAUUGGACCUGCUGACAGAGACGGACCUGGUCUCCACCAUCGGGGAGAGUGUGGCUCUUGGGGCCGCAGGCAUCAUCCUCUGGGGAGACCAUGCUUAUGCAGGCAGCAAGACCAGUUGCUUCAGUCUGAAUGAGUACCUACAGGGUCCGCUGGGCCGGUACCUGCUCAAUGUCUCCACGGCAGCAGAGCUGUGCAGCCAGAGGCUGUGCGGUUCCCAAGGACGCUGCCUGCGCAGACACCCUGACACUGACGCCUACCUGCACCUCAGCCCCCUCACCCACAACAUAGUCAGCCUGGAAAAUGGCAAAUUCAAGGUUCAAACUCUAGGUCAGCUUGGGGAAGAGGAGAUAAUGGGCUUUCAGAGAGAGUUUCAGUGCCAGUGCUACAGUGGCUACCAGGGAGAGGGUUGUGGCCAGAGAGACCCCCUACAACAGAGAGGUAUCGCACCUUCAGUCAUGGGGACAUGGGUUCACUGGCUGCUCCUGCUACUCCUCACACUCCUGCUCUGACUGAUUGCAUACAUACAUAGGUCAUACAGCUACAUUUAAAAUGAUUUAAUGUGUAUUGGUAUACACAUGACAUUAUCUACACACUUCCACAAAAUGCACAAACAUUAUAUACAUACACUGGGACAAAUGCAAAUGUAUUCACUGGGGCCCAGGAUGCUGUAAGGUUGGUGAAUCUAUGAUUAGAUGGUGGAACACUGUGGAACACGUACGUAGAGUUAUGGUUGUUUGUGUGUUUUGAUUUUCUUGAUACAUUGGAGGGCUCGCUGGAAAUAACUUUGUUUACAUUGCUCUCUCGCUCUUUCUCAGUCCCAAGAAUAUAUAUCUCUCUCAUGCCUGCCUAUUCUUCCCACCCCCCUCCCCUUUCCUUUCUACAACCCCUCCCCUUUUAAGUUGUAAUUUUCUCAUGAUCCCAGUUUGUUUUUGUGUGGUAAUUUCCAGCUUAUGAUGUAUGUACAGGUUUGUGUUAUGUGUGUGUGCCAAAAUGGGACAGAUGCACUUGAUUUUUUUAAUAGCACAAAAUAAUACUUAGUGCCUGACCUUUGACAUUUUUAUCUUUAGGUAAAAGUUCAUAUUUAUAUGAAUGUAUUUUCACACAAGAAAAAAGCUUUUGUUAUUUUAUGACAAAUGUUAUGACAAAAACAAGACUACUAUUUUCUCUCCAGAAUUGUGCAUCUAUUUUACUGUGUACUGUGUUUCAAUCUUUCAAAAUAAAUCAAAGCCUUAACAACA